CUACCAUAUUGGAUUGUUGACAGAUUCUGUGGAAACCAAAUUCGCAUACCUCACAACUUGAUUCUAGAUUUAUAUUCUAGAUCUAGAAUCUACUACUGCUUGAAAUUAAUUAGGAGGUUUUGUGCUUUUAUUUCAAUAUAAUGCCAUCAAAGCCAGAAGAUAUUAUGAAAGGUUUUAGAUUAAACUGGAUGAACUUACGAGAUGCAGACAGUGGGAAAAUACUUUGGCAGUCUAGCGAUGAUCUAUCUGUUCCUGAAAAAGAGCAUGAAGCUCGUGUGCCCAAAAAAAUUUUGAAGUGUCGGGCUGUUUCAAGGGAAAUAAAUUUUUCAUCUAAAGAACCAAUGGACAAAUUCCGACUAGAACAGAGAGUUUUAUUUAAAGGAAAAUGUUUGGAAGAAUGGUUCUUUGAGUUUGGGUUUGUGAUUCCUGGAUCAACAAACACAUGGCAGUCUUUGAUAGAAGCUGCUCCAGAGGGCCAGAUGAUGCCAGCUAAUGUUUUAAAUGGUCACGUUGUUAUAGAGACAAGAUUUUUUGAUGGAGACAUGGUGGUCAGUGUGUCCAAAGUCAGAAUUUUCUAUGUCUGAACUGCAAUAAUUUUAUAAUCUCCCAACCCUGUCAUCAUCUCAAGCAUGUCUAGACCACACAAAUACCUGAUUCUGAAGUGCUACAGAUGAACACUAUCAAAUGAGAACUCUUGUUGGAACUCUUCAAGGGUCUUGAUGAUAGACAAGGAUUUCAUCAAGCAGUUAAAUAAAGUUUUUUUUUGUCAUUAUGGGUAAUUAUUAUAGAGAACACUGUUUGCGUUUUCACUUAUUAUAUAUAGACUUCUUUUAUUAUUCAUAUUUUUAUAAUUAGGGCAAUGAAUGCUGUCUAUAAGUGUUUUCUUUUUUACUUUGAGGUAAAGUCUGAUGCUGUACCUUUUAAACCGUUUAUCUUUUUUAUGUAUAGCAUGUAUAAAAAUAUUUUAAUGGUUGGUCAUUAAAGAUAUAUUACUUUAUAGAGCAUAUACAAAGAUAAACCACCUCAAUGGGGUCAUUAGAAGUCCAAGAAAAUGCUGUGAUUUAACAUGUUGCAAUUAAUCAGUUUUAAUUAUGCUGUAAAAUGUAUUUUUAGCAAGGAAGUAGAUACCGUCAAAAAGGAAAUUAUUUAGAUACAUUAAUCUUUCUUGAUCUGUGGAGGCCAGAUACACUAGAGCAUUCCAAUACUUAUUCUUACUACUUGAAAUAUUGUUCAAAUGUUGGCAUUUCUGUAUAGAAGUAUAUUCAAUUUUUUCAUGUGUAAUGGAGAUAGAUAAGUGAUGCAAGCAAGGUUUGCAUGUAGUUAUUUUUUAUAACAAUAAUGCAAAUUAAGAAAAUUCUAACAAAAAAUAUGAAGACAGGUAUAACAUUAUUGUCCUCAUAGGAAAAUGGUGGUAUAAUGUAUCAACCGUUAUUGCCUCCAUUAUUUAGAGCAGUCAUAUUGUGUUGGUAGCAAGCAUGGUCAUGUGUGAAUGAAAGUAAAGAAAAAAAGGAUGUUUUUAAUUUAUUUUUUAAAAUCAAAGAUUUAUAUUCUUCUAGCAUUUGAAAGAAUUGUACAUUUUUAAAAUCUUAAAUCCUCCUUUGCAACCCUACUUGAUAUAGUGCUUUGUUGUAGUCAUGCUGCUUAAGUAAAAUUCAGACCAUAUCACAUUGUAUUCAGUAAGCCUAAAUGUAAUGUAACAUUAUGUUGUAAUGGUAAUACUUUACAUAUUGCUAAUCAAACCAGUUAUUAUGAAAGUGAAAACCCAGAUUAAUGUUGCAUGUGGCUGGUGAUAUGAUUUGAUGUUUAGCAAAAAAUAACAUUUGAACAUAUAAAUAAAGCCUAGUAGUAUCAUUCGUUGGUUAACAAGCUAUACCUUUUAGAGUUAGCAAAUUAACUUAAUACAAAAAGCUUUUGGUUUCAUGUUCAAACAUGUUUUGUCAGUGUGGCUUUAUUAUAUAUUUUUUAUAGAUCAGUAGUAAUUCACAAGCUUGAGACUGUUGAAAACAUGAAUUUACUUAUAAGAUAUAGAUCUAUUUGAAAUAUUUUGAAGUAGAAAACUUGUUAAACAUGUAAUUUUGUGAUAAUGUUGUACAUAUUUAUCUUUGUUUUGUUAACACUUUCUUUCAGCUUUUGGUAAUAAAAUUAGGUGUAUUGUUUCACUCCGUACUGCCUGAUCUCUUUGCAAUGACACAAACCAAAAUGACCAAACUAUAUUUUUGUGUUGCUUGGUUAGCUGCUGUCUAAA